AGGAGCAAUGAAGACCACUGAGUCACUGACAUUAUCGGGUUGACCGCCUUAGGAAAGGAAAGGAAAAAAGAAGCAGACAAAGAGACAAUGGCAAAGCCCUCAGAUACUCAUCUCCCAGAAGUACUGUCUUCCUCUGCAACAAUAGCCAAGGAAUUUCCUUCGGAACUUUUGUCGGCGGUAACAAUUUUCCUUCGAAGUAUGGGAGUCUCCGAGUCCAUCCCUGAUAAUUGCAAUACCAAGGACUUCUACUCCGACCUGGUUCGCGCCUUCCUCAAGCCAGACCGGGUCCUACGUGGCCGAGUCACCUGCCUCCUCACCAUCAGUCCUGCUGUCACUAAUUUCUAUGGUUCGCUUCAUGGAGGGUUUGUUGCGAUUGUUGCUGAGACGGUGUCAAUCGCUUGUGCCAGAACCGUGGUGGCCGAGGAUAAGGAACUUUCUCUUGGGGACCUGAGCAUUUCAUACCUCUCUGGUGCUCCAAUGAAUGAGGAGGUGAUAGUUGAUGGCUCUGUAGUGAGGAGUGGAAGAAAUUUUACUGUAGUUGCAGUGGAGUUCAAGCUCAAGAAAACAGGCCGGUUAAUCUAUACUGCUCGUGCUACCUUCUACAACAUGCCCAUUGCCAAGUUAUGAACUGUUGUGGUUUCGACAAAUUCGAAAUUUUUUUCAGUUUAAAUCUCUAGAAUGUUCCAUUCGUUCGGCAUAUAUUGAAAAAUAGAUACUUAUGCUAUGAGUAAUUUUAGAAGUCCUUCAUGCGUCACUUUUGUGUACCUUUAAAAACGAGGUGACUUUUAAAAUCAUCAUUUGAUCAAAAUUCAAUAUUGAUUGAUCACAAGCUUAAUGAUGAUUUUAAAAGUUGCCUCAUUUUUUUAGGAACACAAGAUGAACUUAUCGCAUUACUCAUUAUGCUAUGGGGAUUAAAUAUGUUGCUGGUUCUUGCUCCUGCAAUCUAGUAUAGAUUUUAUAUGCAUUUUCACAUGUAUAAUUGGUAUAACAUAAGGCUGAAGAGGAUCAUUUCUCACCCAAAGAGGGGAAAGUAUUCAAGUGAUGAAAUAAUUCAUAUAGCCUUUAACUUGUAA